GUCAAAAAGUCAGCAGGACAACACACAGCAAGUGAAGUGGAAAGCGGCUCCCGUUCUAGUUACUCCUCAUCCCGCUUUGGAGAAAGAAAAAAAACUUUUGGACGAGCUAUUCUGUCAAGGAUCCUCCCCGCAUUGAGAGUGAAAAAAAUUUGGGGGUAUAUUUUGGGGGUUUAAUUCUUCUUAUUAUUUGUGUAUUUAUUUGGGCGUCUGGAUGCCGGUGAGUUGACAUCGUCUCGUCUAAGAAGGUGCGGAGGCGGAAGACAUUUGAGUCUUCUUCCACCCGCAGCGCGCCGUCCGGUCUAACUAAUGACGGCAGAAGUCCAGCAGCCUCGAGCGCAGAGCGGCCCCAUGUCUGCUCCGGACAAGACCGCCGCGAUGGACACCGCCUCCUCCUCGUCGUCGUCCUCGUCCAGCGCCAAAGCCAAGAAGACCAACGCUGGAAUCCGCCGGCCGGAGAAGCCCCCUUACUCCUACAUCGCCCUCAUCGUCAUGGCCAUCCAGAGCUCUCCCACCAAGCGGCUGACCCUCAGCGAGAUCUACCAGUUCCUGCAGAGCCGCUUCCCCUUCUUCCGGGGCUCCUACCAGGGCUGGAAGAACUCGGUGCGCCACAACUUGUCCCUCAACGAGUGCUUCAUCAAGCUGCCCAAGGGGCUGGGACGACCGGGCAAGGGGCACUACUGGACCAUCGACCCGGCGAGUGAGUUCAUGUUCGAGGAGGGCUCCUUCCGGAGGAGACCCAGAGGCUUCAGGCGCAAGUGCCAAGCGCUCAAGCCCAUGUACAGCAUGAUGAACGGCUUGGGCUUCAACCACAUCCCAGAGUCGUACAACUUCCAGGGGAGCGGCGGGGGGCUGUCGUGCGCCCCCAACAGCUUGUCGCUGGACGCCGGGAUCGGGAUGAUGAACGGACACAUGGACGGCAUGGCUCUGUCCGGCCAUUCUAUGACGCACUUGUCGGCCAACGGCGGCCACUCGUACAUGGGCAGCUGCGCCGCCUCCGCCGCCGAGGGGGGCUACCCCCACCACGACAACUCCGCCUCGCCUCUGCUCGCCAGCGGCGGCGUGAUGGAGCCGCACCCGGUCUACUCCGGCCCGGCUUCGGCCUGGGCUCCGGCGCCCGCUUCGGCCUCGCUCAAUAACGGAGCGUCUUACAUCAAACAGCAGCCGUUGUCCCCGUGCAACGCCGGCGCCAACCCGCUGCAGCCCAGCCUGCCCACCGCGCACUCGUUGGACCAGCCUUACAUGCACCAGAACGGCCACGCGGCCGCAGACUUGCAAGGCAUCCCUCGGUACCAUUCGCAGUCACCGAGCAUGUGUGACCGGAAAGAGUUCGUGUUCUCCUUCAACGCCAUGACGUCGGCGGCCAUGCACUCGCCGAGCAACGGCUCCUACUACCACCACCAGCAGGUCUCCUACCAAGACAUCAAGCCGUGCGUCAUGUGAUGCGGGUUCGGUUCGGUUCGGCUGAAACCAGAAGGAAAAGAAAACCACUGAGGGGAUGUGAAGGCCUCGAAAAAGACAAGCCGGACUACUUUUUCCUUCCCCCUCUAUCGUCUCACACGAGAGCAACCCCUGUAGUGAUGAUGAUGAUGAUGAUGAUGAUGAUGAUAAUAAUAAUAAUAAUAAUAUAUAAUAAUACAAACUUUUCCGUGCCGUCAUCGUGGAGCAGCGGGGUGACAGUCUGCUGACGUUGGGUACUAAGUCCUGCAGCGCGGAGGACUACAAUUUCACACUUUUUGUCCAGUUUUUCUUCUUCUUCAUCAUCAUCCUUGUAAAAAAAAAAAAAAAAAAACAACAACAACAAAAAAAGAUAAAAAAAGAAAAAGAAAAAAAGGCACACUUACUCUAUUUUCUGUGUUUUCUUUCUUUGGCAUAUUACACUAUUUUGUUGGACUUCCAGUGACAUGAACUCUUGCGGACAUUGUACUCGAUAUGUCCAAUUUUUACUGUCUAAAAAUGAUUAAGGCACUUUUUGAAUAGCCUAUAAGCGCAACUUUUUUUUUUUUUUUAAUUUAUUCUGAAGGCCUGCAUAUUUUUAAUUUCAGGCGAAUUGGCCAAGGAGGUGUUAUAACUUUAUUGGCAAUAUUUGUCAGAAUGCUUGUUAUUUGUUUUAAAAUGAAAAUGGAGGAUAUAUUGUAAGCACCGUUUCUGUCGUUAGGAUAUGUAGACCAUGAAUUAAUGCCAGCACUGUAUACUGUUCUAUAUUGUUGGAGAAUUUAACGAGGGUCACCUUUAUUACAAUCUGAAAGAAAUAAAAUAUUUGUUGGGUUGUAGACACCUAAAUUCUCAAAAGG